AUGAUAUGAAGUUUUCAAUAUUUUAUUUGUUGCAUUAAAGCACGUGGACGUUUUGAAUAUUGCGUACUUGUUUUCGUGUUGCCUUAGAAUAUGGGGAAAUCUAAGAAAGAAAACAAGAGUAGUAAUGCUGCUGAAUCAGUUACACUGAAGAAGGAGGUUUCAGUGUUACAGGGUGUGAGUAUUGUCGUCGGUGUUAUAAUUGGUUCUGGUAUAUUUGUUUCACCUGUCGGAGUUCUAAAACAUACUAAAUCCGUUGGAUUGUCAUUUAUUAUGUGGACUAUCACUGGAUUAUUCAGCGCAUUAGGCGCCAUCGUGUACGCUGAACUAGGUGUUACUAUUCCUCGAUCUGGUGGAGAAUAUAUAUACAUACUCCAGACGUUCGGACCUUUACUUGCCUUCCUGUCUUUCUGGAUUACAUUCGUCGUAAUCGGAUCUGCAAGUUGUGCGGCAAAUGCACUUAUUUUCGCCCAAUAUAUUCUUCGACCUGUUUAUAUGGACUGUGUUACUCCUCCUAUCGCGAUACGCACCGUUGCAGUGCUAGGACUGCUUCUUCUUUGCUUUGUGCACUGUUUUAGCGUUAAACUGGCUACGAAAGUCGCUGUUGUCUUCACUGCUUGUAAGGUUAUAGCUUUACUCAUCAUAAUUGGUUUCGGCCUGUACUAUCUGGGAAAAGGCAAUGUUGAGAGUUUCAAAGACCCCUUUGAAGAUAGCGAAAAAUCACCCGGUGAACUUGCAUUGGGUUUUUACCAAGGGUUUUGGGCUUUUUCUGGUUGGAAUUAUCUCAACUUUUUGACAGGAGAAGUGAAAAAUCCUGGGAGGACACUACCAAUCGUAAUUAUACUCUCACUCACAACAGUAACGCUCAUCUACAUUUUGACCAAUGUGGCCUACCUUGCAGUCUUAUCACCAUUAGAAGUUCUUGCCUCAGAAGGUUCUACUGCAAUAGCUGUG